GACUCAAUGUCGCAGUUAGAUAUAUGACGUAAUUGUUCCCAUGUCAGGGCACAGACUUCGGACUCGACAGAGUCAGCAUGCAGUUUAUCGUCGAUAUUUUUAAGAGACGAUUCCUGAAAGUUUAUGGUUUCCCCCUUGUGUUAACACUUAACAUUAAACGAAACAUUAACGUAAACAUGUCGGUAGGCCACAACUGUGCUGCGAAAGUUUGGUUAUGUGGAACCGCUAGACUUACAAAAGAUCGAAAUAUAACGUCAUUAAGGUGUUAGCAACUGUAAUGGAAUUUAUUAAUAACGUAAACCAGAUUCAUAACGAUUCUUCUUCACUAAGGUGAAAUAAUAACCUUUCCACACUGCUGAGAACUAAAAGAAAGGGAAAUUUAUCUGUCGUCCUAACGUUUGAAAACGUUUAUUUGCUCGAGAAAAUAUAUUUACAAAAACGCAACUUACAAUUUUUAGAAGCCAGUAAAUAUAUCCCUUUUCCCUCACAGUUUGUUUCUUGUUUUCUCUCGACGCCAAAUGAAAUCCAAAUUGUUUCCUCCUGUAACAGCAGAGUUUUUUCACUGUUAAAGCAACGUAGAUUUUUAAAAAAGUUUUUCGUCUAUUUAUGUUCUUUUUACUUGUUCAGACAUAGUAAAACCCAAAUACCUCAAUGCCUUCAGACAUUUGGCCUAUCUUAACCCUGCAAAUCGCUGUGAAAUGCAUGGCGGAGGGUACUUACCACUGUAUCACAUGUUAUAGUUUCUUCCCGACCCAAUCGCGUACAGAGUGCGAAAGAACGAUUGCCGGGAUGGCUGUGCUCGAGCUUUAGUUAGCCUAAACUUGUUUUCGCGAUGCACAUCGCAGCAAUAGAUUCAUCACGCAAUACACACAAACCUAUGACCGUUCGAGUUGCCCAUCGUUAUAUACGGCAUCGAAGUUUACCACCUGACUAACGUACUGAGCAUAAGUAAAGCAUAGGUAAAGUAUAAAUUAGGUAAUUAGGAAUUUGACGACCACAAUAUUAUUGCACGUGGGAGUGAGGGCGCUUCAGUCGGCUUAUUUUGAGUUUUUAUCGUGAUAUUUUACGAGGAUACGCUGAAACACUUGAUUGUAUAUGCACAACAUUAUUAAAAUCUUUCAUAGUACGAUGCAUCUGCCAUAGUCUCUGCUAUACUUGAUAAUUGUAACGCCACCGUGUGUUUCCAAUAACGGCCACGCAAAACCAAGUGCAGUAAUCUCGUGGUGGGGUAGUAUAAAUAGUCUAUAAUUAUAGGCUAUUUGGUAGAAUCCACGCAACCAUUGCGCUAUGCCAGGAUAGCUAAAUAACCAUUAAAAAGACGCAAAAUAUCAAAAUCAAUUUCUCAUGAAUAAGUGCGGCGAGAAUAGGACAACUUCCGAUGUUCGCAAACGAAGCCACCGUCCGCCGUUAGCAUCAAUGUCAUAAUUCUAUCGUUUCCGAGCAUGCGCAGUUUUCAGCACACUCACCACAAUCAAUUGACUAUUGACGUCACUGACACACUUGUGACGUCGUUGGGAGGAUAAUUUACACGCUACUCUACAACGUGCACCUACCGCAAGUGAUCUAUAUACGCACUGAUGUUACUCGUAUAAACCUGAACCGAGGGCACAUAGUGAUAUAGUUAUGACGUAGCUUAUUUCUUGCACUUAGGACGAGGCAUAGGUAUUUUGCUCCUUUUUUUAUUAGCUGCGUAGGCGUUUACGCGCAGUUGUGGAAUGUGUUUCAAAUAGAAUUCCUUUGGGCGCUCAAAUAAUGAGGUAUCCUCAUGAUGCGCCUUGUGAUUACGUAUUAUGAUUUGGCAGGUCAUUUUUUUCUAUUAAACUGAUAUAAAUACGUGUGGGCUCCUGUGUUUAUCGAUAUGGAGUGGAACAGAAAAUCCAUUCAGCUUCUCAUUCAAGCAUACAAAGACGAACCCUCACUCUUCGAUCACAGGCACCCCCAAUAUCAUUUGAAGGCCAAUAGAAAGGAAAAACUUGCAAAAGUUGCACAAAGGGUUGGGGAGGUGCUACCAGGAGUUACAGCCAAUGACUGCAAAAGCAAAUUUGCAACCUUGCGGUCGCACUAUGGAGCUGAACUUAAGAAGAUGCGAACCGGUAAGGAAACCGGAGUAGUUUACUCACCCACUGUGUGGUGGUUUCCACUGAUGGAGUUUCUGAAAAACCGAAUUGUACCCAGAUCGUCACACUCAAAUAUUCCCGAAAGAUUUUUUUCAUAUAAGCCCCAGGCAGUAUCCAUGGAUUCCAGUCACUCCUCUGACCUAAUGGAUUGUUAUAAUCUUUCAGAUGGACCUCAGUUGCAGAUAGUGGAAUCCAGAAGUACAGAGGACACUGCAGACAGUGGCAGUGACAAUCACUCAGAGUUUUCCACAGAAAUCGUUGAAGUGAAAACUGAAAUUGAUGUGAUGCCCUCAGAGUGUGUCACCACUGAGACACAAGAUGCUCCAGAGCCACCAGAAACACAUCAUCUGUAUGCAGAAACACAACGUCAUUAUGAAAAGCCUUCAAAGCGACAAAAGAAAGAUGAUGAUGAUACAUUGCUCUUAUCCACAUUGUCAGUGUUGGAGAAAGUUAGUUCAUAUUUGGAUCGAACAACUGAAGAUGACACACUGGGGAAAUUUGUGGCAGAAGAGUUACGAAAAAUGGACAAUUACAUUUGUAUUAAGACAAGAGCAAAACACCGAAUACUCCAAGCCAUAAUGGAUGCACAGAUGGAGAUAAUUCGUGAAAUACAGAAGACAAAGAAAAGUAAUGUGGAAUGUUCAAACUGUACAAAAUAAAUGAAAUUAUUUUAAAAUAAUUAUUUAAUAUGUCCCAUCACCAAGGUUCGUAUCUGGUGGUAAUAAAACGAUCGAGAAAAACUGUUGGAUGUUAUGUUCAUU